UCUCGAUCGGACGGAUCAGCUGAUGGCUUUUUCUCUUUCCUGGCGAUUGGUGAGAGUCGUGCGAUUGGCCGAGCGAUCGUGCGAUCCAAUACGACGACUUUUGUCUAUCAGCUCGUUUUUCUUUGCCAAAAAAAUAAUACCUUUCAAAUUGUCGGAUAUCGGCGAGGGAAUUCGAGACGUCACAGUGAAAGAAUGGUUCGUGAAACCGGGAGACCAGGUGAAGCAGUUCGAUGAUAUCUGUGAGGUGCAGAGCGAUAAAGCCUCGGUGACAAUCACGAGUCGCUACGAUGGCCUUAUCAAGACUCUGUACUACAAGAUUGACGACGUCGCGUUGGUCGGAUCAACGUUGUUGGAUUUUGAAAUAGACGACUCAAUAGACGCCGUGAGAGAUGCAGGUGAGACCGCAAAGAGCGCAGAAAAUCAAAUGUUUGAUAAUUCAGAAAAAAGCGAAAUAAGUUUAGAUAAGGUGGAACCAGAGACCAUCACCUUGAAAAAAGAGAAGGUAUUGUCAACUCCAGCGGUGAAAAGGAUAGCCAAAGAGAAUAAUAUAAAGCUAACGGAUGUAAAAGCGACUGGCAAGGAUGGAAGAGUGCUCAAGGAAGACAUACUGGCACACCUGCAGAGAAUUUCCGUGGAUCCGAGUGUUAAGAUUCCAUCGAGCAUGACGGGAAGAACAGUCGAGCUUAAAGGAUACACGAAAAACAUGUGGAAAACUAUGACGAAAUCUUUGACAAUACCACACUUCGUCUACAGCGAUGAGUGUAACGUGGACCAAGUGAUGCGCUACCGUAACGAUGUGAAAGAUUCCUUGAUGAAACGGGACAUCUCUCUAACUUUUAUGCCAUUCUUCAUAAAAGCAGUCUCGCGAGCGUUGGAGCAGUAUCCUCAAUUAAACGCUUGGCUCGACGAAAAGACCCAACAGCUGCAGCUCUUGGACAAUCAUAAUAUCGGCAUCGCCAUGGACACUCCGAACGGUUUAAUAGUACCGAAUAUUAAGAAUGUGCAGAACCUCAGUAUUUUCGCAAUCGCGCAAGAACUGAAUAGACUUCAGAAGGAUGGCAGUAAAGCAUCAAUAUCAUAUGCCGAUGUGAGUUCUAUUAAAUUCGCUGUUCUUUGUGUCGACUUCUAGAUUGGUGGAACGUUUAUGAAGCCGAUUAUCGUAUCACCGCAAGUAAUAAUAGGUGCAUUUGGGAAGGCGCGGAAGUUGCCGCGAUUCGACAAUGAGGGGAACGUGAUUCCAGUCAACAUAAUGUCGAUCAGCUGGUCCGCAGAUCAUCGCGUCAUUGACGGCGUAACGGUGGCUAGAUUCUCCAAUCUGUGGAAGUACUAUGUGGAGAAUCCAAUGCAUCUGCUGAUCUGCCCUUGAAGCCGUCUAUAAACAUUUAUAUACAUUAAGAAUCCAGUCCUUAUAUUGGACGAACUUUCCUACAUAUUAUUAAAAUGAGAUUAUGGCGAAAGUGUUACUAUAACGUUGCGAUUUUUAUAUUAAUUACUUAUAUAACCGAAACAAAAACGUAAAAGUAUAAAGUAAUAAACUAUUUGAUGUCAGAGUUUCUCAUCAAGAAUUCGUCAAGUUUCGAUGCAGGACAAGAAAUAAAUACUUUCAAGUGCCUGAUAUAUCCCAUAAAAUUUUAACAUAUGAAUACAAUAAUUAAUCCUUUUUGAAUAUCUAAUGAUUCAUAAGUUCCAUGAGACAAUUCGUCUAGUUAUAAUUACAUUUAUUUAUACUCCCAAUCUAAAAUGAGUCAUCAGAAUACAUACUAUUUAUACAAAAUUCAGUAUCCAAUUUCAGAAUCGGUGAUUUAUAAGUUUAACGUAAACGCCGUAAACAAUUUAUAUUAAUUCGUAAUUUACAUUGAUAAUUUGUCUUUUCAUAUGUCUGCACUUACCAUGUUUAUAUUGAACAACGUAAAAAUUGUGCUGCUCAGAUCGGUAUCGAUGAUCUACCACACUCUUAAAAUCUGUUCAACUCUUGCGCGAUCGCAUUCAGUAUAUUCUUGAUGUUUGAAACUAUUAAGCUAUCCGGAAUGUCUAUGAUGAUGCCGAUAUGAUGGUUGUUCAGAACUUGCAGUUAUUGGCUCUUCUUAUUGAAUCAAGCGUUUAAUUGGGGAUACUACUCCAAUGUUCGCGAGGCUGUUUUUAUGAAAAACGGCAUAAGAAUUAAAGAAAUGCCCCGUUCCAAGGAAUCCUUCAUAUCGUUUUGACGCAUCACUUGCAUUCAUCAUUGUAGACGAUCCACGUUGCAUUCAUCAUUGUAGACGAAGUGCGGUAUACUCUGCGAGAAAUUCAUAGUAAAGAUAAAGUUGUUUUCUGAUGGAUAACUUGUUGGAAGACUUUUAAGACCUUCACGUAUAUUUUUUUCGAGGAAGUUACGCGAGUUAUCUCCGAGUUUUGAUACAUUGAGUGUAUUAAUAAUGCAGUUGAUUUUUAUUUUCGACACUUAUAUAACUGAGACAAAAAUCAAUAGCUAUUAAUAAAUAUCAACAAUAGUUAUUAACACUUUUGCCAUCUCUCUUUAUUCAUAAUUUCGUUUUAAUAUAUGUAGGUGAAUCCUUCAAAGAUAAUCAUAGGUAAAAUAAAAAGAAAAAAAUGUAUUGUCGGCUUUGUACAUAAAAAUUGUACGUUGGGAUCUAGUUUAUGUAAAUUUAGCGAUUGAUAAGUAGAUCCUAUAUAUAUAGCUUAAAAUUUGUAUCGCAAAUAAUGUUCAGUUUUAAAAUUAUGUAAUUUCAAGUUCCAAAAAUUUUUCAAGUUGUUAUAUUUCUAAUCUAUCACUGAAAAUCAUUAUCUUACGAAAACUAUCUUUGCAAAAGAGAAUUAUGUUCUUUUGUAUAUCGAUACGAUUAAUACGUUUUACAUUUUGUACUAUAUUUCUAUUUCAUAUUUUGAGUUCGCCAUGUUUUGAUCUAUUCUACAUUUUUCAAGAAGUAUAACAUUAAUCUUGUUAAUGCUUUACCUUUCGCAUGUAAUGCGUACAUCUUUGUCUUUAUAUCUUAUCCAUCUAUCUUGACCAAUUUUGUUGGAUGCGAUAAAAUUAUUACCUUGAAAAAGCGUUUUAAAAAAUGGACCUUUUACAAUAAAAUGUAAAGUAAUAUAUGCAAACAAUUCAACAAAAAGAAAUUUUUUCACAAAAAAAAUAUUUUAGCAGUAAUCUAAAUGAAAAUAAUAUUAUUAAUUUAAUAACAGUCUUAAUGAAACAACACAACAUGCUGUUUAAUAAAAUACUAUUGAUUUCAAAAAUACCGUCAUUGAACUAGCAAAAUUAUUUUCAAUUAGACUACUAUUAUAACUAAUGCUGUUAACACAUCAUUUUUUUCCAUGCAUAUUUUUAUGAAACGAUUGAAACAUCUGCAUUUCUUGAUGCAGAAUUAAUGAAGAGAUGCGUGAAACGCUACAAACUUGUUCACACACUUUAUACGUAAAUAUUAAUUUAUUUAUUGCUGCACAACCAACUAGGACUUCUCAUUAAAGGUCAGACAUCUUCCACUAACAUAUUCAAAAUGCAAUAGUAAUUGUAUAUCAGAAGACGUCCGCGCAGUAGAACGUGAGUAUCUGUUUGUACAUCGAUCAUCGUUUACAAACUAUAAAUUAUUCAUAUGUGACAACCAUAAUUAACGUACGCUAACGAAGUGGUUGUACCGUUCAGAGACAAAUCGUUCUUCGGAUAAACGCGGACGUCGCGAAACAUAAUACUUAAUAAAGCAUUGAUCGCUGAAUUACUAAAAAAAAAAGAAAAAAAAAAAUACUCUGGCACAAAAAAAAAUUCGAGUUCGAUUCGCUCAGAAAUUCGUUCGACACGAUAAAAGUAAGUAAAGAAUUAAAAACACAAAAUAUAUCGCAAGUAAAAUGGUACGACCACUUGAUUGCUUUCUCAACGUUUGCUUACAUACGCAUACAAUUAAUCGCUUAUUGUAUAUACACCCAUGGGUACAACUCGGAGCUUCAGUCACGCGUUCAAUCUUAGAUUCGCAAUUCACUCCGAUCAAUAACGAUAGCGAGCGUCGCUUAUGGCGUUUCCGUGCGGGAUCUGUGUUCGUUCGACAUAUUAUCGCGAGAUAAUUAACAUAAAGCUUCGGAAAAAUAUUCUCAUCAGAGAUCGAAUUCAUAAACGCGGUUUCAACCAAUUUUUAUGAAAUUUAUCUCUAUCAAUCGCUCGCGGAGGCGAUUGUUAAAACCACGUCCCGAUCGGAAACGCUAUUAAACAGGUAUCCAAAAGGUAGUCAGUCUGUUUAGUUUAGAGUAGUAGAAAAGAGUACAUAUGUGUGUUCGUGGUCCAUGAAAGUGGAAACUUCUCCGUCAGCCAACACGUACCUUAUCCCGCCUCUCUGAAACAUUCUAGCACGAUUCUUAGGCUGAUCAAAAAAGCGCUCGUCCUUGUCUCUUUUUAGAAUAGAAAUUGAUCGAGGAAACGGGCGAAUGUUUUGAUCAAUCCAAGUAUAUUUCUUUGCGUUUCUACGGAAUUAAAUACAACAAUAGAAUGAGAAGAGCAACGAGCUAAUGCUGUGUGGAACUAAUCGAGCGAGAACCUAUAAGUAAGAAGAAGAAAGAUUUGCGAAGAGCCUUCGAUAUAAUCAGAUUGAUUGGAAGUUCAGACUAUCGUUAAUGACACUGAUAGACGAAGGUGCAACGCAAAAGAUGAAAUUGUCGAUAGGCGAAGAAUACACUAAUGUUUGUUAUCAGGUUUGACUAGGUACGAAUAAUCCUACUAAUUCUCGACGCGGAAAUCGAAAUGCGAAACGGCUUCUUUGAUCGGUACACGGCUUACGUAAACUUACUGUAAAACCUUAUAAUACAUAACACCGAAUGAAGAUACAAAUAGACAGACACUAACUUAGUAACAACAAUUAAUUACCUAACAUUCAGUCCCAGAAACCCACGAUCUUUCCUCUGUCGUCUAACAUUCUGAU